UUGGGAAGUGUGUACCGCUGCGGUCACUACGGCCUCGUGAAAUCCGAUAAGAAAGCCGCGAAGAUUUACCGGCGCGCCGUGGAGCUUGGGGACGUGGACGCGGUCAUUAAUCUUGGGUUCUUGUACGAGACUGGGAGUGGCGUCAAGCUGGACAAGAAAAAGGCGGAGCGGCUGUAUCGGGCGGCCGCGGAGCGAGGCUCCGCACUCGCGCAACGCAAUUUAGCGUGCGUACUUGAUUCUGAAAAGAAAUUCGAAGAAGCGUUCCGGUACUACGCGCUCGCGGCGGAUCAAGGCUAUACCGAUGCGGAGCAUAGCCUUGGCUGGUGUUACAAGGACGGAGAAGGCACGGAAGUCGACCUCGGCAAAGCCAGAUACUGGUUCGGGCGCGCC